GAGCUGCGUCUAUUUCCUGCUCACUAUUCUAUAAAAUAAAUGACUUCUAGAGAUAUUACUUAGAAUAGAUAUUAUAUCUAGCUGUGGUGACUGCAUGAGCUAUAAAUUAUUAUCAUGGACAUGGAGGAACUUAUUCAAGUUGUAGUGUUGAUCCUUGUGACUACACCACUAUCAAAAGCACAGACAUCUGAGACAUCUACUGGAGAUGAAAGUCCAGACGUCGUCCUCCCAGCUAUAAUCUGCACGAUAGUUGCUGUAGUAUUUAUUACAGUGGCAGUGCUGGGAAUCAUUGCCUGUUGUUGCUAUUGGAGACGCAAACGCAGGGUGAUGAAACCCAACAUUGAAGCCGUGAAAGUGGUCGGAAAUGAAGAGACAGAAACUGAAACAGUUGUCAGUGCGUCCAAUGUCUUGUCAGAGCAACCCAGUGCUGAUUUAGGCACCGUAUCACCGGUUGAAAACACUGACAAUGGCUAUGAGAUGAUAACGUCUCAUGAUCAGGGACCAUUGUCUCAGGGACCAUUGACUAAAAAGGAGGUGGAUAAUGGAUACAGUGUAUUGGGAGGCCCGAAAACGGUCGUAUCAAAGCCAGUUGACAACCAUGCCUACUUCAUAUUGGAGUAUAUCAACACUGGUAGCGUGGUACCUGAUUAUGAACACGAGUAUGAUCAACCUUUCUUUGAGCCAUCCACACAAGAGGAGGAGCUUGUUUGUCAGAUUUCUGAGCUCAGUGUUCCUUGCAUCCCUGCAAGUGAUGUGGAACUCCAAGAAGUGUUGGGAAGUGGACAAUUUGGCACUGUACACAAAGGGGUGUGGGUUCACAAAGAGGACGGGACUGAAGUCUCUAGUGAGGUAGCUGUGAAGUCUAUGACAGAUGGGGCUACUGAGGAAGACAAAGUCAAAUUCCUACAGGAGGCUGCCAUUAUGGGCCAGUUUAAUCAGGCCAACAUUCUGCGGAUACGAGCAUUUAUUAUGGAUGGGGAUGCUUUGAAGCUUGUCGUGGAUCUAAUGCAAAAUGGGGAUCUUCUGAAGCACCUGGCAUCUCUCAAACAAUCUCCCUCCUAUACUGAGCUGUCUCCGUGUGAACAGAAGCAACUGCUCAUGAGUUUCAGCAGGCAGAUUGUGUACGGGCUGGGUUACCUCUCAUUCAAAGCCUACGUUCACAGGGACCUAGCAGCUAGGAAUGUGUUGGUUGCGGAAGAUGGUACUUGCAAGAUUGCUGACUUUGGAUUGUCUCGUGACCUCAAUAAAGAAAAUUACUAUAAGUCUCAAGGAGGCAAGGUCCCUGUAAAAUGGACUGCCCCUGAGGCUAUUAACUAUCGCAAGUACUCAUGUGCCAGUGACGUCUGGAGCUAUGGCUGUGUGCUGUAUGAAAUAUGGUCGAUGGGACAGAAACCGUUCAUUCACCUCACAAAUUUAGAGACCAUAAAAGCGAUAUCGAGUGGCUACAGACUUCCUCCACCACCUGGUUGCCCCAAACCCAUCUACGAGUUCAUGAUCAAUUGCUGGCAUCCUGAUCCAGAUUCCAGACCAACAGCUCUCGACAUUUGCACAACGCUGCAAAGGCCGGACUAUGUGUUUCUGAAAUGGCAGGGCAACGAGACCACCAUCUACAGUGAGGAGACUCGAACACUGGGAGAAGCACUGGAGAAAGGUCGCUGUAUGCACAUGGACCUGCAGAAGAAGUACCUACAGCCAGAACAGGAUAACUAAUGCAGUAAAUUUAUGUUAAAGGAAAAACAGACUCACUCAACUCAGUUUUUACUUGUGUACCACCAUGUUGUUUUGUUAUAAAAUAAUUGUAAGUUGAUACUCUCUA